GUUCCGCCCGGUUCCGCAGAGGCCUGGCCCGAUGGCGCCUCAGCGGAGGGGCGCGCCCAAGGCUCCCGAGGGCAGCGGGGCGGCCGAGCGCCGGCGCCCGAGCAGCACCAAGAGUGUCCGGGCCCCACGGGAGGUGCCGAGGAAGUGGCUGAGAACCGCCAUCCCAGGGGCCUGCGCCGUGCUUGCUGGGCUGCUACUCUGGGGCAGUCUGAGGGGUGAUGGUGGCGUCACUGAGGUCCUGGCUCACCGUGGCGAGAUGCUACCAGGCAGGUUCAUCGAGGUGCCCUGCUCAGAGGACUAUGACAGUCACCGAAGGUUUGAAGGCUGCUCGCCCAGGAAGUGUGGACGGGGCAUCACUGACACUGUCAUCACCAGGGACGAAGCCCAGCGGAUUCGCAGCAUAGCCGAGAAGGGGCUGUCCCUGGGAGGAUCUGACGGAGGGGCAUCCGUCUUGGACUUGCACUCAGGGGCCCUGUCUGUCGGGAAGCGCUUUGUGAAUCUGUACAGAUACUUUGGAGAUAAAAUACAAACCGUCUUCUCAGAAGAGGACUUCCGGUUGUACAGGGACGUGCGGCAGAGGGUCCAGCUCACGAUCGCCCAGGCUUUUGGCAUCAGUGUGUCUUCGCUCUACCUGACAAAGCCCACAUUCUUCUCCCGCAUCAACAGCACCCAAGCCCGGACAGCUCACGACGAGUAUUGGCACGCACACGUGGACAAGGUGACCUACGGCUCCUUCGAUUACACCUCACUGCUCUACCUCUCCGACUACCUGGACGACUUCGGCGGGGGCCGAUUCGUGUUCAUGGAGGAGGGGGCCAACAAGACGGUGGAGCCGAGAGCAGGUCGGGUGUCCUUCUUCACCUCGGGGUCCGAGAACCUGCACCGCGUGGAGAAGGUCCACUGGGGCACCCGUUACGCCGUCACCAUCGCCUUCACCUGCAACCCGGACCACGGCAUUGCAGACCCCGUGUUCACGUAGCCCUGGCCUCGGCGCCCUCCCCCGGGAGCAGCCACGCCGGACAGAUGCCCCCUGCCGCCAGUUCGGCCCAUUUCCAUUGAACAAGGUGCCUUAUGAAUCACCCGGAGGUUGAUUUGCUGCUGUACUAAUCGUUUCUUGUCUGUAAGUAAAUUAGGGGAAGCGGCUCUUCACCCCCAAGCA